AUGUGUAGAGAGAUCCACCUUCUUGACGACACCUCAAAGGAGCUAUUUUUGCGAGACUUCAACACUCUGUACUGCGUCUCUGCAAGCAUCUAUUUCGCAUCACGUCCCACAAAAGCCCAGGCGUCUUCGAAGCAGUGUGUGACGACGGGAAAAGACCCCCAGGAAACACGGGCGCUGGUGCUGACCCUGGGGGGUAUCCUGCCUUUAAUGAUUAUCCUGCUGCUCUUGGUCUUCGUGGGGGUUCCCGUGUACCACUAUGUUUUCUGCUCCAAACAAAAACACCCCCCCAAUCUGCAGCUGGUCCCGCACCUCCCGGAGUUCCAGCACUUUUAUUCCGACAUGCUCCUGAAGGUGAACUUCAUCUACGUCGACAACGCCAUGGCCGAGUUGGACCCUGAAGACCAGGGAAGAGCCAAAGGCCCUCAAAAAGCCUCCCUCCAUCCUGCCCACCAAUCAGAGAUGGAGAUGCUUCUUGCCCACCAAUCAGAGAGGCAGAUGCUCCCGGCAUACGCCGCCCAGCAAGGAGCCCAUGAGGGGGUUGUGAAGGCGGAGCCAAGGACUGUGGUUCAGCAGGAGGUUCACGGUGUAGAGGUGACUCAGAGCAAGCACUCCAACUACGGCUUCGUGCUCAAGGCUCAACCGGUGGAAGAGGUGGCCAAGGUUACCCAGGCAUGCCUGCCGUUUGCUGGCGAGGGCCAAGUUCCCGGCGACAGGGUGGGCGGAGCCUCUGCUGCAUACAAACAGCAGUGGCAGGCUGCCUGUCCGGGCCUCCAGGAGGAACACGAGACAGAAGAAGGCACCAUAGUGAACUGGGACCCGCAGACCGGCACGAUUCAGCUCCCUCUGCUCUCUGACUUUGAGCCAGAACUCGAGCCUGUGGAGGAAGUGAGCCUGCGCUGUGACGACGCCCAUUCCUUUGAUGUCUUCUCUAAAGUUUACAUCAGGCGCUCGCUAGAUGGGUCCACUGAGUUCGAAGAUGAUCUGACCAAAAUGGAGAACAUCUGGGCUCUCCAGGUCAACAUGUGA